AAAAGGAGUUUGUUUCGUUCUCCAUAAAGCAAACCCACUAACAUGUACAUACCUUACCUCCCCUUUAAACUCAAUUCUCAUCUUUCUCACUAAGUUUAGCAUCACCCCCCAGCUUCGCCACCAAGAAAAUUAGUUCCAUUUCCCCUACAUAAUAGAAUGUACACCUCUUCACUUUCCAAUUUGUGCUGGAAGAGAAGUUCUCAAACAUUCAAAACCUUGGCUUCAAGAGUGAAUUAAAGAAAGAAAGGGGUAAAGAACGAAAGAGAGAAAUGAGUGCAGAUUGGGGACCGGUCAUUGUUGCAGUGGUUUUGUUCAUCCUUUUGUCACCAGGGUUGCUGUUCCAGCUGCCAUCGAGGACUAGAGUGAUCGAGUUUGGUAACAUGUGCACAAGUGGGAUAGCCAUCCUGGUUCAUGCUGUAAUAUACUUCUGCAUAGUCACCAUCUUGAUCAUUGCAAUUGGCAUUCACAUACAUGUUAACUGAUCCAAACUCCCCAAAAAAGGGUAGCUCCUUUUUUCCUUUCCUUUGGCUCUCCAUUCGUUUUCCUUAGAUGGAGCUCAUGUUUCAUAUACCUUCUUUCCUAUUGUCAAUCUAAUUUCCAUUUUCCUUUAUUUGUUUUCUUUUUUAACUACUUUGUUCAUUGUUGUUUGCAAGAUAAAUCUUGAAUUGUGUAAUAAUGAAGCUAUUUCUUGACAA